AUGCUUUGUCCAUUUGACAUUCUGUAUCGCUCUUCAAGAAAAUGGCUUGGCGUGACUCUAGGACGCAUUAUCUUAUCGUUCUGCUUUCCCGUCGAAUUUAGAGAUUUUUUCAUUGCUGAUGAAUUAAACAGUCUAAGUUAUUCUCUAUGGACCUUUUCUUAUUUUUUCUGUGCUUAUUCAUGGAACUGGUGUAACAUGGCACAAAUGUGGGUUGCACCAACUUUAGCCUCACUCCCUCCUUUGUGGCGACUACUGCAAUGUUUAAGAAGAUACCGAGACUCGAAUGAGAAAGUCCAUUUACUAAAUGCAGCUAAAUACAUCAGUAGUAUUAUGGCAACUUUUGCUACUGGAGCAAGACCCUCCAUACCCGUGUCUGCAUUUUGGUUUUUGGCAUGUCUAAUUAACUCAAUCUACACUUCCACAUGGGACAUCAAGAUGGAUUGGGGGCUAUUGCAAUCCAAUAGCAAAUACUUUUUACUAAGGAAUGAACUUGUAUUUAGAAAAUGGGCUUAUUACACUGCAGCACCUAUAAAUAUUCUACUUCGCUUUACAUGGACUUUAAGCAUCGUUCCAUUACGGAUAAAUGGUUUGGCACUCGGAGUUUUGCUUGCUGCUUUAGAAUGUUACCGUAGAAUACAAUGGAAUUUCUUUCGACUAGAGAAUGAGCAUUUGAAUAAUUGUGGACAAUAUCGAGCAAUCAAAGAGAUUCCAUUACCAUUUGCAUUAUUAGAAACGGAUCUUGCACCUGAAGCACUUUGCGAUGAAGAAAGAAUAAGCACCUGUUCAAGUAAAUCUAUACCACCUAAACAGGAAAACUACUCAACUAUAUCUAUGCCUUCAAAAAAAGACAAGAGCCACAGCCUCGCAUCUACAAUGGCGAUACCAGCCUCCCAUUACUCGUAUAACGAUAGGAUUUCUUUUGGUGGUAUGUCUGAAUCAGGAAACCAGGAAUCGUUUUAUGGUAGACGAGAUUUUGAUGAUUCAUCAAAUAUUGUUAUUGGAUCUAUAAACACAAAUAGACUUGGCCGGAGACCUUCUACAUUAAACAAUGUUUUUGCACGGAUAAAAUCUUUGGACCAUUCAGAUCAUAGUGAAGAGUCAGAAGGUGAUGAUGAUGACGAUUGCUAUACCUCUUUUUACAACACAAGAGAAAAUUAA